AUGACAUCUACCGGAACUGUAGGUUCACAAUCUAUGUUUAAUGACUCUGAUAAAGAAAAUGCUAUGGACAUUGUAAAUGAUGAUCAAGAGGGAGACGAAUCGGUUGCAUAUUCCGUAAAACUCGACGAAAUUCUUGGGACUAAUUCAUAUGAUCCAGAUCAGGACAAAGACGAAAAACGAUGGUUGCGAAAAGAGUAUAGAAAUCUUAUAAAUUCUACAGAAGAGAACAGACAAGAGUACCUGAGAUCUGAAUCAGAUGGUCUCUCCAACAAUAUUGCAAAGGCAAAUGAAUUACAUCAGAGAGUCAAGAAUACGCAUGAAGCAACACUAGAUUCGCGCCUUUUAGUAUUAACGAGUGGUCUGGGAGUUCAAAAAGCUCGUCGUAUGAAAUUGGAUAAUAAUUCUUUUGAUGUUGAUAAUUAUGUGUCAAAAUUAAUUACAUUUAUGGGUGGCAGACAAUUAGAUAGUGAUACUCCGGAUUUGGAUUGGAAAUCAAUUGGAAGAUUAGCUGCUCAAUUUACGAAUCGAGUGCCAACAAGUGAUUUUAUGCUUGGUCCUCUUUCUGUUGAAACAAAAGAGCGUGAAAAAAAAAUACGACAUUCCUUGAAUAAAGAUAAGAAUGCUUUGAGAGAACCCCAACAGCUAAAAGAAAAGGAUAUCGAAAGACAAGAGAAUGAGACGACAAGGAAUGUUAAAAUGAUUUUUGAUAUUUUGGGAGAUGAACAGCCGAUAAAUUUCUUUGAAUUUAUCAUUAAUCCUGAAUCCUUUGGUCAAACUGUUGAAAAUUUAUUUUAUUUGUCGUUUUUGGUACGUGACGGUAAAGUAAAUAUAGAUGAUGAUUCUGGACAACCGGUUCUAACAUUAUGUGAACCACCGACCGCUGACGAUUACGGGAAUGGUUUAAUUAAAAAACAAUUAUUGAUGGAAAUUGAUAUGAGCACAUGGCGGGAGAUAAUUGAAGUAUAUGAAAUUAAAGAAUCUGUAAUUCCAACACGAAUCAGUCGUCAACCGACUACUGGAAAAUGGCUAGGAUAA